UCUCUCUAACGUACUAAUCACACACCAAAUGGACCACAAACACAACCAUUAUAUCCCAAACUCUACAACUCAGACGAGUAUUAUGUAGCAGAACUCACACAAGAAAAAUAUGGGGAGGAAUAAGAAGCUAGACCAGAAAUCCCACACCCUCCCGCCCUCGCCAACCCACUCGUUCUCUUCCUCCUCCUCGUCGGAUUUCGAGUUCACCAUCUCCUGCUCGCCUCGCAAAUCAUCCACCCCGCUCUGCCGCCCAGCCGACGAGCUCUUCUACAAGGGCCAGCUCCUCCCUCUCCAUCUCUCCCCUCGCCUCUCCAUGGUCCGCACUCUCCUCCUCCUACCCUCCUCGUCUUCCUCUUCCUCCUCCGCGGCCUCCGACACCACCUCCUCACGUGACUCCACCGUCAGCAGCUCCAACGACUCACGUGACUCGUGCGACUCCUCCGCCAGGCCGAGCUCCGUCGCCGAGGAGGACGAGUUCAAGCGCCUCAACAGCAAGUACUCAUCCAACGACGUUGUUGUCAAGCAAGAUGUUCUUCAAAUCCAUAACUUGAGCUCCCAGUCGCAGAUCAAGAAGAACAGCAAGUACUUCUCUUUGUCGAGAUUCUCUUCUGUGUUCAAGAAGGAUCCGAAUAAACAACAACACAGAGUGGUCGUGGACGCGGAUCACAACGACGUCGUCUCCGGAUCUAACUCCGUCAAGCGAGCAAGCAACACCGCCAAGGAGGUUAUCAGAAAGUACAUGAAGAAGGUCAAGCCACUGUACGAGAAGCUCUCCCAAAAACAACAGAAAAUGACAACGGCGUCGUCGGCCGAGAUUAGAUCCGAGAAAGUCACGAGUAGUACGGAUCACGAGUUAUCGGGCAAGGCCAGCGCGAGAAAUAGAGAGAGCACUAAUGGCGGGUUUUCUCAUUCCUUCUCGGGUAACUUGAGGUACCCAAGAAGGAGAGGCUGUGUUUCGAGCUGCCCAUCUUCGAUGCGCUGCUCGCCCAGCCACUCAGGUGUUUUGUCCCGGACCGGUCAACCGGCAGGUGGCUCGAGUGCUGGUAGAGCAGGAGCAACAACGUCGUACGCAGCGGUGGACAGAUCGUCGAUGGAGGAGCUUCAGAGUGCAAUUCAAGGCGCAAUUGCUCAUUGCAAGAACUCUUUGGUUCAGAACAAGACCAUGUUCAGCAAUGAGAUUUGAUUAGUCUUCAUGAUCUUCAUUAUUAAUUAAGCGUAAAUUAAUAUUAGUCUUGUCUUCGUCUCUCUGUUUGGAUUUGGUUUGAAGUUGAGAAUCAAAUUCCGCGAGUAACGGUAGCCUUGGGACUUGAAGUUAAUCUGUUUUUUAGCUUUUGGUUCUGCUCUGACGAGAACUUGUUAAUGUAACGUAAAUUAUUGUUAGCAUGGAAGUUGUGUUUUUGGCUGCUUUUUUGUUUGUGAUGAUUAUA